CCAUAGUUUCAGUUGGAAGGAAGCAACUGGUGGCAACACUUUAACAUUUAAGUACAUGCUGUUCCUGGGUCUCAGCAGCCCAAGCAGAGGGGGUGCAAAGACAAAUGCAAAAACAUGGACAGACAACCCCUGAACCUGGUCCAGCAAAGCUGUGUGUCAGUGCGGUUGAUAGGGUGAGAAUCACUUCUCCAGCUGGCCAUGUUGCCCUCCUCCCUCAGCACAGCCCCCUCUGACCCCCACAUGGCCUCUGCAUCGCCUCCUGUUUGGCUGGUUCUGUCCUUCCUUCUCCACCUCAUCUCAGAUGGCAGGGACAGCACGCCAUGACCGAGAGAUGGCCAUCCAGUCCAAGAAGAAACUCACCACGGCCACGGAUCCCAUUGAGAGACUCCGACUGCAGUGCCUGGCCAGGGGCUCUGCAGGUAUCAAAGGACUUGGCAGAGUGUUUCGAAUUAUGGAUGACAAUAACAACCGAACCCUUGAUUUCAAAGAAUUUGUAAAGGGGUUAAAUGAUUAUGCUGUGGUCAUGGAAAAGGAAGAGGCUGAAGAGCUUUUCCGGAGAUUUGAUAAAGAUGGAAAUGGAACAAUAGACUUCAAUGAAUUUCUUCUCACUUUAAGACCUCCCAUGUCCAGAGCCAGAAAAGAGGUAAUUAUGCAAGCUUUCAGAAAGUUAGACAAGACUGGAGAUGGUGUCAUCACAAUCGAAGAUCUUCGCGAGUUGUACAAUGCAAAACACCAUCCAAAGUACCAAAAUGGAGAGUGGACAGAGGAACAGGUCUUCCGGAAAUUUCUGGAUAACUUUGACUCACCCUAUGACAAAGACGGACUGCCUCCUUAGCUGCAGGACUACAGGUGUGUGCCCAGCAAAUGAAUUUGAAAGCAACAACAAUGGUAAAACCCAAAGCCAGUUUUCUUGGGUGACCUAAGGGUCAUGGUUGUGGAAAGGGGAUUCUCUCAUCGGCCUCAGUCAACAGCGGUAGAACCUAAGGCAUGUUGCCUCUUAACCCCUUGCAACACCAGAAAAGGUAAGUGGGGCACUGGACAGGAAGAAGAGGUGGUGUUUACGGGAGGAAAGAAAUAAGCCUUGCCCUCUGAAGGGAAUUUCCCCAAGCUUUUCCCAUGAAACUUUAUUGUGAGUUGUAGUGUCAAGGGGUGGGGGACAGGAAAUACUGAUGUUUUCUUGUCAAGGAUAGAGAAGUUCCCUCUAUUCUAGGUCAAGGGAUUGUAGAGGUACAUAAAAAAAAAAGGGGUCUAGAUUUUGUAGAGCAGCCCGAUGCUUAGGACAGAAACAACGGAACCGUGCAUUUUCUUCCAGUACGACUGGCUUUUGAUCUCGGAGAUGUCAGUGGAAAAAUAGCCAACUGCCAUUUCCCCUCAUUGGCCCAACUCCGGGCAGACCCCGGGUGUCUCUUGCCUCCUUCUGCAGGUGGUUCCUCCUCACUGCCAAGGGAAACCUCAGCUGCCCUUUUCUCUAACUCACACAGAAGAGCCAGUUGUUGUGAUUCAGAUGAUUUAAAGUCCUUCCUCCUGCCCCUUUUGACAUUUAUCUUAAUCAGCCACAUUAAUCUCUCAAAUACUCUCAAAGGUUAUUGGUUUUUUUUUUUUUUUUUGCAGUUACAGCAUUUGAUGCCACCUGAAUAUCACAGACUUUGUAGUCAUACCCAACCCAGAGUUCACGAUCAUCACUGGGGGAUGUUUUAUUAAGAAUGAAUGUUGCUGGCUGCCCUGCAGAACAACAGAGCCCAACUUUUUUCUUUUUUUUUGGUGAAGCCCUAGGAUUUACAUAUUUAAUAAAUGUGCCAGUUGUCUCCUAUGUACAUUCAAAUUUGAGAUCCUUAGCUCUCACAAAUCAGACAUUCCUGGUUUUAAUUAGUAAAUGCCCAUCAAUAUGCACAUGAACCUCAGUUAGCAUAAUGAUAACUCUGGGCAACAUUUAUUGAGCACUUGUUAACUGGGCAUUAUGCUUACAGGGGCUUAACCCCUGAAGGGCUUACAGGGGUUUCUCAUUUAAUAGGCAUGAUAAAAAUGUUCAGGAGAAAUGAUUCAAACUUUUGUACUUUGAAUCAUAUUUUAAAUGCAUAGGAAUUGUUGAUACAGAGAAACUUUAUAGUAAAUUUUUUUAAGAAAGAAAAUAAGUUGCUUUUGUGCAUAUACUACUUAUUUGUAUUUGUAGACCACAGUUCCACUAUUGGCUCAGCUAAAGGCCUUUCGUCCUAAGCCCUUUUUUUUUGUUUUUGUGGGAUUAGGGGUGAGGGUAGAGGGUAAGACAAGGAAGAAAAACUGUGGGUUCUGUGACUUUUUUUUUUCUUUUCUGUUUACUUAGAAUUUUGGCAAAAAAAGGAAAAAAAAAGGCAAGUGGGUCAAUGAACUCCUAUGACCCUUGGAAGAGAUAGACAUGCUACCAAAAAUGUGGUGUGGGAAGAGCGUGCUGUUAUGGACAGAGGUUUUGGUUCUUUAUGGAUUUCCCUCUUUGUGAUGUUUUCAGUUCCUAAUGAGUGCUGAAAAUUGUGGGUUAAUUAGAGAACAAUGAAUUUCCCAAUCAGCCAUCAAUAUUGUGCCUGCAUCUGGCAUAUAUGAAGAUCUGUGUUUUGGGAUAAAUGAGCACCUUCGAGGUCCAGCAGGACACGUCUUUCCUGACUCAGCACAUCAUAUCAGCCAACACAGUUGGAGUGCACACAUUACCCACUCCCAUGAGCACAAAACACUGACAGGUGUUUUUCCUUCUUUCCAAAAGGAAAGUACUAUAAAAUCCUAGUAUGGAGAAAUACACUAUGACAUUAUCUUAAUCAGCCACAUUAAUCUCUCAAAUACUCUCAAAGGUUAUUGGUUUUUUUUUUUUUUUUUUUUUUGCAGUUUCAGCAUUUGAUGCCACCUGAAUAUCACAGACCUUGUAGUCAUACCCAACCCAGAGUUCACAAUCAUCACUGGGGGAUUCCAGAGAGACAGUCCUAGGCUUAGAAUGGAGAGAGAACCUGGUAGGGUGGGAGGUGGGGACAGGAAGCAAUGGUCUUGCUCACUCUGUGCCUUGGAUGAGUAGUUUUUAUCUUGGAAAUGCAUGAAAGCCAGGCCAGUUGACUAGAUAUCUGUUUCUUUAC